GUCAAAAGACAAUUCCACGAAUCGCAGCUGCUACUCUACGUGCUAGAAAGGGUCCGAGGAGAGCACAAGAAGCAACAAAACUACUACGGGGAACUCGAUCAAGGUGAAACUGAGCUACGGAGAUCAUUUAUGGAUAAGCUUGCCUAUAUCUGUGACUUUAAGAAAGGAGGUUCUACGGCCACUGCCUUGGCAUUACAGAAGACUUACCAAGGAGCCACGUUCUGGAUCGCUACAAACGAGACCGUUAAACUCAAGGUUAUAGAAUUCUUGCAGCAAAUACUACAGUUACUAAAGAAUAUGGAUAGUAGU